AUGCGGCGCCCCAAGCGUGGCAUCGAGCCCUCCAAGCCGCCACGCGCAGCUAACACUUCGGCAAGGCGAUCACGCUCUGAUCCUGCUGGGCCAUUUCACGCAGCUCUUACCACCACGUUAGGGGUUCCUAAGCAGUCCACCCGUCCCGUCAGGGUGCUUGACAUGUCAGCGGCUCAACCUAUCGAGCCUGCUUGGCCACAGUAUUCGUCGUCUCAAGAUGUUGUGGAACCCCAGACACACGCUCAGGCUAGCUACAAUCAUCACACCACCCUCGCUAGUCCUGUCCGGAAGACUUAUCAGAGACCGUCCGACGCUGCCUACUUUCCCUACACCCCAUCUCGGCCUGCGGACACGGGUCAUGGUGGACAUUUGCCUGCUGGUCCGCCAUCCAGACGCUCUCGAUCCAACUCGCCCAGUGAUCAAUUUGUCAACACCAAUAGCUUGCUUCAUACAGCCCUUGGGGCAGGCCGAUUGGAUCCUUUCCAGGUGUACUGCAAACAGGACCUCCCACUCUACGUACAUGAGGUCCUCGAUCAUUUCCUGCACCAUGUUUGCUGCACUUUCACGCUGGCGUCCGAGGGUGUGGCUCGCGACGCGGUCAAGAACUACGUAAUGGGCCAUGCGAUGGUUGAUCCACUGACCUGGUAUGCCAUCAUUCUCGCAGGAGUCACCCACUACAUGUACGUCAACGGCGAGCGUGGCAUUCCAAACGAGCUCACGAUGCUGCGUCUGUCGUACAAAACCCAAGCCAUGGGGGAGAUUCGCGCCGCCCUUGAACGCACCGCGGGCAACAUCGACGAGGGAGCUCUGUUUGCUAUCAACACUCUUGCUGCACACGGUGGCGCAUACUUCUCGAAGGACUUCCGUCACGACCGGAUACAGAGCUCAAAGGCCUUUGGCAGUGCGAACCAGAUGAACUACUACUCCACCAUUCCCGUCGAGUGGGAGCACUGGAACAUGAUGAUCAGAUUGGUGCGACAGCGUGGGGGACCCUCUACUCUGUCCAAUCCUGCGGGUAUCCCCGGAUUCCCUCCGUCCCCGGGGCCAGGAUGUCUGACUACUAAUGACACCAUUAUAGCGUGGCGCCAUCUCCGCUGUCCCGAAUUCCCUCUCGUCGUCAACACCAACAAAGUCGUCGGAUUGCAGCCUGUCGUGCGCGACGCCACCGCACAAGAUCAGUCACGUACUCUCCUCAGCGGCUUCCCGAACAUGCCCAAAAACAGCAUGCAUUUUCGACGUCUGCACGAUAUUUUGAAGAAUGUCCGCACUCUCAUUGUCGACUAUGCCCAGUUCCAGCGUGGCCAAGCUCCGGCUCUCGAUCUGAGGUUGUUGUAUUGGACGCGUCUGAUGCUGCUGCACGAUCUCCUCCUCCUUCCGGACCUCGAUAUGAGCGACAACGCCUUGGAUCUGCUGUAUGAGUUGUGUCGAAAAUGUUUGCUCGCUCUGAUGCAGCUGGUGCUCUGCCCUGUGGUUGCCAGCAAUUUACAGCCGCAAAAGAUACUCAAGCUGCUGCUGCCGGUUAUCCGGCGGUCAACGACGGCGAUCCAUGGGCGCACGCUGGAUCGUGAGCACCCCAGCCUCUUUCUAUGGGCGGUCACGCUGGCUGGCAUGCUGGCGAUGGAGCACUAUUUAACGCACAGCGACUCGGCCAUGCUGGAUGAGGUGUCGGCACACUUUGACCGCGUCUCGCUUAAGGCAGAGAAGAAUUCUUGGCCGCUGGCAACGAAUGUGCUGCAGACGUUUCUGUGGCUCGAGUCUGAAUGCGAUGGCCCUGGGCAGCGGUAUUGGAACUACGCAUGCUUGUGGCUGGCGGAACGGCGGCACGGUGCUGCGCGUGAGGAGGGCUGA